AUGUCGGUGCCACUGAGGAAACGGCGUUUGCGUUCAAAUAAGGAAGAACAUUUUGAAGCAAGUCCCUCAUGGCGCCGGGCGGUGGCGGACUCCAUCUCCCGGCGUGCCGCGCGGGAGCUGCGGUGGGCCGCGGCCAAUCAGCGCGGCGGCGCCGCAAGGGGCGGGCCCGGCGGCGGGGGAGGCUGUUUAAAGUGGCGCUUGCGGCGCGCGAAGGGGAUGGCGGAGCCGGCGGACUAUCCCCCGUUCCAGCUGGGGAAGCCCCGCUUCGAGCAGACUUCAUUUUAUGGCAGAUUCAGGCACUUCUUGGACAUCAUUGAUCCGCGCACUCUCUUUGUUACUGAGAGUCGUCUGAAGGAAGCUGUGCAGUUGUUGGAGGAUUACAAGCAUGGGACUUUGCCCCCGGGAGUCACCAACAAAGAGCUGUGGGGAGCUCAAAAAAUAAAGCAGGCCAUCAUCCAUCCCGAUACCAACGAGACCAUCUUCAUGCCUUUCCGAAUGUCAGGUUACAUUCCCUUUGGAACACCCAUCGUCGUCGGUCUUCUCUUGCCCAACCAGACGCUGGCAUCCACUGUGUUUUGGCAGUGGUUGAAUCAGAGCCACAAUGCCUGCGUCAACUAUGCAAACCGCAACGCGACAAAGCCUUCUCCGACAUCCAAGUUCAUCCAGGGCUACUUGGGAGCUGUCAUAAGUGCUGUCUCAAUAGCAGUGGGCCUUAAUGUUCUGGUUCAGAGAGCAAACAAGUUUACUCCCGCCACUCGUCUCUUGAUCCAGAGGUUUGUGCCAUUCCCUGCAGUCGCUAGUGCCAAUAUCUGCAAUGUUGUCCUGAUGAGGCACACAGAGCUGGAAGAAGGAAUUGAUGUUUUGGACAAUAACGGAAACAUUGUCGGGUCUUCCAGAAUUGCUGCAAAACACGCACUGCUAGAAACGGCCCUGACUAGAGUGGUCCUGCCAAUGCCUAUACUGGUUCUACCUCCGAUUAUUAUGUCCAUACUGGAAAAAACAUCACUCCUGAGGUCCCGUCCCCGGAUGAUUCUCCCAGUCCAAAGCCUUGUGUGCCUCGCUGCCUUUGGCCUGGCCCUCCCCUUGGCCAUCAGUCUCUUCCCGCAGAUGUCCGAGAUUGAGACAUCUCGGCUGGAGCCAGAAAUCGCGAUGGCCACCGCCAGUAAGACUGUAGUCUACAAUAAAGGAUUGUAAGUGGAAGCCGACAAUCUCAGCCCAGAAGAUUUGGGGAGGGAGAGGGGGAAACUUGAGAUCCUGACUGGGAAAAAGAAAACAACAACAAGAUAAAACAAAUAAUAGAGCUCAGCGAUAGUAACGUAUUACCGCUCCCGGCGAACUGGGAGUAAAUUAACACUUGCAGAGAACUGACACCUCACACCAGUCAAAAAGAUUAAUAUUAAAAGUUUUAAAUUAGCAACAGAAGCAGCAACACAAAAAUUACAUUCAAACACUUUAGACAACUAGCUAAAGAAUAAUCUCAGAACUUAAUAGCACUGCAUGGAGGGAUGUUUAACGGCGUGUUUACAUGGUUAUACCUAACUACAUGAAAGUAGGCUUCACCGAGCGAAUUUUGUUUUCAAUGCGAAUUAAAUCUCCACACUGAUGCUGCACAAAAAUAAUUCCGUAGAGAUCAACGGGUGCA